AUGGACCUCACACUGAGUAUUCCUGGGGCAGCUUCCAUGGAGAACAUGAGCGAUGACAAGAUCGCAAUCAUCGUCCCGCAGACGUCCCCUAUCUUCUCAAAGUCUCCUUCCAACAAAACCCUGCCUCAAUGGGUGCAAAAUGAGGCUUCUCAUCCAGCUCCUAUUUCCGAGAAGAGGGCGGCACUUGCUCUUGUCAAGAAGGUGGUGGCAGAGUUCCUGGGCACAUUCCUCCUCAUCUUCAUCCUGCUCUCGGCGCUCAUCAUGAACGAGGAGCACGGCGGCGCGCUGGGCCUGCUGGGCGUGGCCGCGGUGGCGGGGUCCGCCGUGCUGGUGAUCGUGGCGUCGCUCGUCCACGUCUCCGGCGCCCACCUGAACCCGGCGGUCAGCGUCGCCAUGGCCGCGUUCGGCUACCUCCCCAGGGCCCACCUCCUGCCUUACGUGGCCGCCCAGCUCCUCGGCUCCACGACCGCCUCGUUCGCCGCCAAGGCGGUCUACAACAAUCCGGCGAACCUCGGCGCCACCGUCGCCACCGUGCCGGCGGUCGGCGCCGGGGAGGCGCUCGUCGUGGAGUUCUUCACCACCUUCGUCCUCCUCUUCGUCAUCACCGCCCUCUCCACCGAUCCGAAAGCGGUGAAGGAGCUGAUUGCAGUGGGAGCUGGGGCGGCAGUGAUGAUGAGCGCGCUCAUCUCCGGGGAGUCGACGGGGGCGUCGAUGAACCCGGCGAGGACGCUGGGGCCGGCGAUCGCCGCCGGGACGUACACCAAGAUCUGGGUCUACAUGGUAGCUCCUCCCCUCGGCGCCAUCGCCGGAACUGGAGCUUACAUUGCACUCGAGUGA